AUGAUAGCUUUUGAGGUUAUGCACUAUCUCAAAAGAAAGCGUAAAGGCAAAGAAGCCUAUAUGGUGCUCAAAUUGGAUCUUAGUAAAGCUUAUGAUCGUGUGGAGUGGGGCUUUCAUCGAGCUAUGAUGAGAAAAAUGGGUUUUGACUUGUGUUUCAUUGAUCUUGUUAUUGCUAUAGUUAGCUCUGUGAGGUAUAAAAUAAUUCAUGGUGGUCAUGAACUGGGCCCGAUUAUUCCCGAGAUGGGUAUUAGACAAGGUGAUCCUCUAUCACCUUACUUAUUUCUUAUCUGUGCUGAGGGCUUCUUAUCUUUGAUACAGAAGUUCGAGCGGGAGGGUAGGCUUAAAGGUUGCAAGGUUGCUAAUGGUGCUCCGGUUAUAUCUCAUAUGCUCUUUGUUGACGAUAGUUAUGUCUAUUGUCGUGCAAAUGAUAGAGAGGCUUCGAAUAUAUUAUAUGUGCUUCAGCUAUUUGAGAUCGCUUCUGGUCAACAAGUUAAUUUCAGUAAGUCCUCUGUCUUCUUCAGUACUAAUGUGCCUAAUGCUACUCGAGAUCGAUUGUGUGGGACCCUUAGAAUGAGACUUGCUGAUGAAUAUAGUACUUAUCUUGGCCUCCCUUGUGUCAUGAGACGAAAUAAGGAUGCCAUCUUGGGGUUUUUGAAAGACAAAAUACAGAAGCGCAUUCAAAGCUAG